GCGUGCGCAUCACCGCCACGGACGUGACAGGCUCAUAAUUCAAUUGACGUGGCUUGUUCAAGAUGGGAGAUGGCAUCAUGAAGGACUCGGGGGGCUUUGCCUGGAUGUGGGGCACCACCCUCGUGUGCUUAGUUUGCAUCGGAUACUUUAUCUGGAAGAAGAAAGGCGAAGCCACGAUCGCGUUCGCAACGCCCGCCCGCGUGCCAUCGGAAGGGAGCGCAGAAGACGGCAACAACGUGUAUGCCCCGAAUACGACCCCCGUUGUCUCCACUGUGCCUUCCAAAAUUGUCUAAACCCCACCGUACUCUCCUAUUUCAUCGCGUUCGAUCCACUACAUAAUACAACCGUGUGUCCGUAUCGACGUGGGGCGUGUCACGACUGUCGAUUUCCUUCCACAGUUCGCU